AAAUCAGCGCUGGAAUCCUGCAAGACAUAUAAAGGACACGUCGUAUUCGGUAGUAGGCGCAUUAUCUCUCCCUAACAAUGUCCCUCCUCUAUCCUACUGGCGCUUUGGUUCUUGCAGCAGCGGCCGUAUGGAAGGCAACAGAAACUCGUCGGGAGCGUGACGGCAAAACGUAUCCACCCGGCCCCUCGCCUCUACCUCUACUAGGAGUUGCGCACCUCCUAGAUGCCUCUGCACCAUGGACCACAUUCUCCGACUGGAAAGCUGAGUACGGCGAUGUCGUCUAUUUUAGGCAGUUCGGACAAGAUGUCCUCGUGCUGAACUCUGAGGAGGCAGUCAAAGACUUGUUGGAGAGAAGAUCGAGUAACUACUCGGACAGAAUGGAUAUGGCGGUCAGAGAACCCUACGGUCUCAAUUUUGACACAAUCUUCCAUGGACAUGACGAGACGUGGCGGGCGCAUAGGCGUAUCGCUCACCAGGGCCUUCGCGAGCACCACGUGGACAUCUACCAGCCGACACAGCUUCGCUUUGCCGAGGCGCUCAUGAAUAGUCUGGAAGAAUCACCCGAGCAGUACUACAGUUACUUCCAAAGGUUCGCCGCCUCCGUUGUUCUCUCGGCUAUAUACGACCAUGAUGUAAUCGACGAGAAUGAUCCAAUCCUGAAGUCAGUCACGGAAACGAAUGACAUUCUGGGGCCGCUUCAGUCCCCUGGGAACACCAUACUCUUCAAUGUUUUCCCGCUCUUAAAGUACAUCCCGACCUGGUUCCCAGGGGGGUGGCGUAACGUCACUGCGGCGCGAGUGAAGGUAGACAGGACACUCAACAUGCCUUUCGAGUAUUUAGAAAAGAAGAUUGCAUCAGGAAACGCGGGGAACUCAAUCGCCUUGGAGGCGAUGGAAAGAUUCAGGGACACCAACAAGGUCGCCGACUUCGAGAAGGUGGUCAAGGGUGCAUGCUGCAGUCUCUAUGGAGCUGCCUCAGAGACGACGUCAUCUACGCUCAUGAUUUUCCUGCUUGCCAUGGUGAAAUAUCCUGACGUCCAGAAACGCGCGCAGGAGGAGAUCGAUAGGGCGCUGGGGCCAGGCCGAUUGCCCGAAUUUGCUGAUAGGUCAUCCCUCCCUUACAUCGAAGCGGUCUGCCGAGAGACAUUGAGAUGGCACCCUGUGGCGCCGCUUGCUGUCCCUCACUCCGCGACCAAUGACGACAUGUACAAGGAUUGGUACAUUCCUAAAGAUACAGUGGUGAUAGCAAACGUGUGGGCAAUGUCCCAGAACCCGGAGAAAUACCCCUCUCCUUCCUCCUUCAAACCUGAGAGGUUCCUUGACGGCAAAGGUGGAUUGACAGACGACUCGCUUACUUACGCUUUUGGCUUUGGGAGACGCAUUUGCCCCGGGCGCCACUUUGCUACUAACUCGCUGUGGAUUGCGAUCGCUCGACUUCUAGCUGGGUUUACAUUUGAGUCCGAGUAUGUGCGAGCGGGUGGGGUGGUGAAAUGGCAUAAUGCUGUGACUUCUAUGCCCGAGCCUUUCCCCUGUCUAAUUACCCCUCGAAAGAGCCACUAAAUGAGUGUACCCGCCCUGUAGUUACGCGAAUAUAGAAAUGUCUCGUUU